GGAGGAUCAAAGUAAAACACAUUAUAACUAACACACUACUGCUGGUGAGCACAGCAAGUGAAAUAACUGGUAAAGAUGAAGACUGCAUUAUUCCUUGUCUGCUUAUUAAGGGCAGCUUGUGCUCUCCCAUUACCACACAAUCCAAAGUCAAGAAGUUUAGAAGAAAGGACAGCAAACGGUGACCAUGAUAACAAUAGUACAAUCCCUGCAGAAGAGGUUUACUCUCGUGGAAAUAACAUCACUCUACCUAGCCUGGAUGAAAGCACUGCUGGGAGUGGAGAUGAAUAUUCAAACAGCAGUUCAGAUGAACACUCCAGUAGCAGUUCAGGAGAAGAUUCAAAUAGCAGUUUGGGUGAACAUUCUAAUAGCAGUUCAAAUGAAGAUUCAAAUAGCAGUUCAGUUGAAUGUUCUAAUAGCACUUCAACUGAAGAUUGUAAAAGUAGUUCAGAAGAAGAUUCUAUUAGCAGUUCAGAGGAAGACUCUGAUAGCAAAGAGAAUGAAUUGGUCAAAGGUGGUAUGAGAAUUAACAACAGUGACCAUGUUGAUGAAUUCAGUGGUGAUAGCAAUGGUGACAAUGAUAUGAAAGAAUCUGAUGUUACUGUAAGCAUCAAUGGGGUUAAUCCAGGCAGAAUUACUGCUACUAAAUUUAGUAAAGUAGAGGAUAUUGAUGGAAAUAAGAAAUAUAGCAAAAAAGAUAAGUUCCAUUAUGAUAAUUACAGUGUUGACAAAGAAGGUAAAAACUAUCAAAAUAAUAGAGAUACUGUAUUGCUUAGGGCUGGAAGUAAUAAUUUCCAUGAUGACAAAGUAAAGAGUAUUGCUGAUAACCUCCCUGAAAAAGCAGACCAAUACGAGUUCUAUGAUGAAGGAAUGCAAGGUGAUGACCCCAAUGGAGGUGAUAGCAGUCAAUCCACUGACACCACUUCUGCUAACAGUGACUCUAAUGACGCAUGCAGCAUUAGUGAUUCCAGUCCCUCAUGCAGCUCAAGUGAUUCCAGUGACUCUUCUGAUUCCAGUGACUCUUCAGAUUCUAAUGAUUCCAGUAAAUCAUGCAGCUCAAGUGAUUCCAGUGACUCUUCAGAUUCUAGUGAUUCCAGUAAAUCAUGCAGCUCAAGUGAUUCCAGUGACUCUUCAGAUUCUAGUGAUUCCAGUAAAUCAUGCAGCUCAAGUGAUUCCAGUGACUCUUCAGAUUCUAGUGAUUCCAGUAAAUCAUGCAGCUCAAGUGAUUCCAGUGACUCUUCAGAUUCUAGUGAUUCCAGUAAAUCAUGCAGCUCAAGUGAUUCCAGUGACUCUUCAGAUUCUAGUGAUUCCAGUAAAUCAUGCAGCUCAAGUGAUUCCAGUGACUCUUCAGAUUCUAGUGAUUCCAGUAAAUCAUGCAGCUCAAGUGAUUCCAGUGACUCUUCAGAUUCUAGUGAUUCCAGUAAAUCAUGCAGCUCAAGUGAUUCCAGUGACUCUUCAGAUUCUAGUGAUUCCAGUAAAUCAUGCAGCUCAAGUGAUUCCAGUGACUCUUCAGAUUCUAAUGAUUCCAGUAAAUCAUGCAGCUGUAGUGACUCUUCUGAUUCCAGUGAUUCUGACUCAGGUGACUCAUGCAGCUCAAGUGAUUCGAGUGACUCUUCAGAUUCCAGCGACUCAUGUGACUCAACUGAUUCGAGUGACUCUUCAGAUUCGAGUGACUCGUGUGAUACAAGUGAUUCCACUGAAUCAGAUAAUGGUUCAGACAAUAAUAGCAGCAGUCAGGAAAAAAAUUAAAAUGGCAAUAACAACGGUAAUAUUUAGGAAGGGGUUUCAUGGAAAAUGUUAAUGUAGCAUAGGUAUUUCACACCUGUAAAUACAGGGUACGCAAUCUAAGCAUUACUGACUAAAGUAUUUAUUUUGGAAAUUUUUGGCAAAGUAAUAAAUAGUAAUGAUUUUAAUGAGCACUAUUUCAA